AUGAGCAAUCUGCUUCCAAUUUAUAAUUCACCUUCGCUAACCCCAACACAUAAAAUGAAUGAUCAAAGCGAUAAGGUAUUACAAGAUCAUGCUGUUAUAGAGGUUGUAAAUCCUCCAAAAAGAAAUCAGGAAGAUGAAAGUAAAGACAUAGAAACACCCAAGACCAAGAAGCAAAGAUUAUCAACCCCCGAAGGUACUUUAGAUUCAAGUCCAUUCCCUAUUGAGGAAGUGAAUGAUACAUCGCCAACAAAGACCCUUACCAAGAAACAAAUUGAGAAAUUGGGAAGACAGAAGCAAAGGGAGAUGGAGAGAAUUGAGAAAGAGAAGAAAAGGGAGGAAGAUAGAAUACGCAAAGAAGAAGAACGUAGAGUGAAAGAAGAUGAAAGGAAACGAAAGGCAUACGAGAAAGAAAUGGAGAAAGAAAUGAGACGUAAAAAACUAGAAGAAGAAAAAUUAGAACGAGAAAAGAAGAAAGACGAAGAGAGAUUGAAAAAGCUUACAGAAAAGGGAGAAAGAGAAAGGCAAAGACUAGAAAAAAAGCGUAAGAAUGAAGAGCUUAAAGAGCGCAAGGACCAUGAAAGAAAGCUAGCUGAAGAAGAGAAAAGAAAGGCCGAAGAAUCGAAAGAAAGGAGUCAAAUGAAGAUUUCCAAUUUCUUCACUAUUGGUAAGACUGUCAAGUCAUCUCCGAUAAAAAAUGAACCGAAAAAAGAUACUCAAAUAGUAGAUCUAAGCAAUGACGAAAGUAAAGAAAAAGAGGAAGAAACCGACAUAUACAAUAAAGUUUUCCUACCAUUUUUUCAAAAGAAAAACGUUAUAAUGGCUCUGUCAAUUCAGUUAACAGAUUCUGGAUUAAAGAAAUCGAUAGCUGAUUUUGACUCGAUUGUGAAAGCCGCAAAUAACAAAUCUGAAAACACGGAUAUAUCAAAAUUUUUCAAGGCUUGCAAGCCAAAGCUUAGAGAAAAGAAUUUUACCACUCCACAAGAUAUUGUUAAUGCUUUAAACUCCUCACAAGCGACAGAAUCACAGAUCUACGAGAUGUUUCAAAAUCUUCUGCCAAUGAAGUAUUUACAGUUCUACGAAAACAUAAAGCCUCCCUAUAUUGGAACAUGGUGUUCUUCAAACCAUAUGUCUACUAAAUUACCAGUACGAAAUCCGUUUGAUACAUCUAAAUCAGGAUUAGAUUACAGCUAUGACUCAGAUGCAGAAUGGAAUGGAGAAGAUGCAGAAGAUGAAGGUGAAGGCGAGGAUAUUGAUAAUGACGAUGAGGAUGAUGAUGAUGAUGAUAUAGACGAUGAAGAAGAGAUGGAUGAUUUCGUAGAGAGUAAUGAUUUAAUGAAAAAGAAAAAGAGAAUAAUGGGUCCAUUAGUGGCAAUAAGUAAAUGGAAUAAUGAUGACGAGAAUGAUCACGAAUUCUUUGAUGAAAUAAAAUACGAAAGAUUGGAUAUAAAUAUUGAAUUCUCGAUAGAUCCUUUCACUAAUUAUUGGGAUGUGAACAAAGAGAAAGUUGUUAACUCUCAGACUACAGAACAUACCAGCUUCGUCAACCUGUUGAAAAAUCAAGGAACAAGUCCAAAUAAGAGUACCAGCAGGUCGCCUAAUAUAUUGACUGCACAAAAGCCAACGAUUAAAGAUCCAAAAGCUAUUCAUGAACUAAUCCAGUUUAUUGAAAAGAAUAAUGACUUCACUAUUGGUACAUUAGUAGAAUUGUCUAAAAAGGAAUUCAAGACUUUUACGAAGGCAUUAUUAAAGCAUACGAUCCAAGAUAUAGCCUUUUAUAAUAAGAAAAGUGGAAAUUGGAUUGUAAAGCCUGAAUUGAAGGAAAAGUUAAGUAUUGGCUCGGAAAAAUAG